AUGGGAGGUUUUGUGCAGAAUCUCGGCCAUGCUUCUGCUAUUGUUACUGAAAUUUCAGCAGCUAUGUACGCAAUUGAAAAGGCGGUGGACUUAGGUUUUUGUAAUAUCUGGAUCAAAAGUGACUCUUUACAGCUUGUUAGCGCCUUCAAUAAAGAUGAUAAUGUUCCAUGGCAAAUUAGAAACCGGUGGAAUAACUGUAAGAAUAUGGCGAAGGGCUUGAAAACUAUAUGUACGCACAUUCCUAGGGAGGGGAACCAAGUAGCGGAUGCUUUGGCUAAAAAUGGACAUGGCUUGCCAAGUUUUACCACUCAAUGGUGGAAUGAUCCCCCUUUAUUUUUAGAAGUUUUGCUUUUUAGAGAUAGUACUGGAUUGCCUUUUUCUAGGCCUUCCUCUUUGUAA